AUGAGAAGAUUGAUUUCCAAGCAGGAGUUCGACAAAACCAUGGAUGAUUAUUCCCAACUAUAUUGCACUGAACCGCCAUUGAAGAACAUGGGAGUUUCAGAACACUAUGUCUUUGAUCCUUUCGAAUCCCCAGCCUCGGCCUUUCAUGCUGCUGGAACUUACAUGGAUCUUCUUCAACAACAUGAUGAGCAUCAAGUUGGCAAUAUUCCUCCUUUGUGCUCACAAUUUCCCACUCAUGACUCAAACAUCUUACUCUGUCAAUCUUCCCACUGUAACUUUUCCAUUGAUUCAGUUCAUGACCAAGCUGGCUCCAACUUCAGGGACACCUUGCAAUCACUUGUGAAAUCUCAAUUGUGCAGCAAUCAAUGCAUUUCUUCCUCAGAGAAGCCGAAUAAAAUUCCAUGCAACAAUAUGAGCAACCCUUUUCCCCAUGCCCAGAACAUUUUAUUGCUUGGUGAGAAUGAUGCCUUGGUCAGGAAGCAACUUUCGGUUCCUUCUGAUGCAAAUCAGGGUCUUAAUGUUUGUUACAAUUCAUUAUCCAGGCAAGCUCCAUCAAAUAAAAAACGAAUCAGAUGGACUCAAGAUCUUCAUGACCAGUUCGUCAAGACUGUGGAUCAACUCGGUGGUGCCGAGAAGGCAACACCGAAAGCAAUACUGAAGUUGAUGAACUCGAAUUUAUUGACCAUAUUACAAGUGAAAAGUCAUUUGCAGAAAUAUCGGACUGCACGGUACAUUCCAGAAUCUUUACAGGAAAACUCUGAGAGAAGAAAAACUGGUGCAAAUGGCACACCUCAGCUCCCCAUGGAAAUGUAA